GGGAAAUUGCAAAGCUAUGAAGUGAGGCUCCGCUGACUGAGUUGGACACUUUGCAGGGAAGAAGCUGGCUGUGGCAAAGAUGAACUCAGGUGGACGUCACUUCUACAUGUUGCUGGCCUUGUUUGCUAUCUGUAGUGUUACUUUAUCAAGUUUACAAGACCCCCCUGGAAGUCUUCCACUAGCAUUUAAGACUCAGAGUUCUGGAGUGGGGCUGGAGGGAGAGCCGUCCCUGAGUCUGGCAUCAUCACUGUGGAGACUUAAACAAGAUCUUCUGAAACAAAAGCCAUGGGCUCAGGAUGAGAGAAAGAUGCCAAGGGAGGCAAAUGAAAGCCUUGAGUCUCUAACGGAGAUGCUUCUGAGAAUGAUCAAUGAAGAGAAGGAAAAUGCCGUAGGACAGCUGAGAGACAAAGAGGAAGACAGAGAAGACAGGAAGAGAAACCAGGCGCUCAUCUCCAUCGCUGGUGGCUUGCAGUCGUACAACAGGCAGAAAGGGGGGUUUGGGUUCCGUUUUGGGAAAAAGUAAUUGAAAAACACCCUACCUUCAGCCAAGCAGCAGUGUUUCACAUGAUUCCCACUGGUUAUGGCAUAUCAAGCGGAAUCACCCGGGACUCCAUGUUUAUCCUAAAUCACCAAGUUGCUGUAAAAUGUACUCUGACAUCUUUUCAGCAUUUUCCACAACAGCUUGUUUUGCUGUAUUCCAUUCUAUACUGCGUUGCUCACGAUUUAUUUGGGGGCUACGUUUCUGUGCUCACAUUUACACUGCCACAGAAGAACCAGCACAGAACUGCUAACCCAGAAAGGCGCUUGCUCAGAAAUAAAAAUCAACUUCCAACAGAUUAAGAAGCACACCACGCUAUAUUUUAUUGUGUAGAAUUUGUAGACUCUAUGAUUGUACUGUCAUAUUCAACUGAUAUGUAAAAAAAAUGAAAAUGUUCUCAUUCAUUAAAGAAAAUGCCUUUCAUCUAAACAGAUACUUGAAUCAUUUCAAUAAAGGCUGCUAACAUUUCCACAAAGUACUGCAUACGUAUGCAGCCAAUUAGUUGUUGUUUCAAAAACAUUUUUUAUCUGGUUAUGAGAAUCACUUUCAUAUUUUGCA